CAGGCAUGUCGUGAUGGUUUAACAUGUGUGGUGGAACAACUGAUCAAACAGAACCCACCAGCUUGUAACGAACAAGACAAAGAUGGCCUCACACCGCUUCAUCACGCGGCCAGGGGAAACUCUCUUCAAAUUAUCCAAUCACUGUUGGACGCUGGAGCGGGUGAGGAAACCUUUUUGCUCGUUGAAAUUAUGAUCUUAGGUUGCAAAUGGCGUUCAUUUCUCACUCUGAGAAACAAACCUAGUCAGAGGUCGGUGUGGGAUUCUGAUAACGUAUUUCUGUAUUACUUUUUCUACUUUAUUAAAGGAACUGUGUCGUGAAAAUUGUCAAAAUUCAAACAGCAAGAACUACCACCAAUUUGAGUGAAACUAAAAAAUAACUGAUCAAAACAUGAAAAGAACGUACUAAAACCACAGAUACAUAAUACAAAAGGAGACACGGAUGGACAAACUGGAUCAACAGAAAAACAAGACUGAAACGGAUUGCAAUUGUGGUUUUUGAAAACUUGUUAGCUUAAACAGUUUUUCAUUUUUGUUGUUUGCAACGUUUUAUAUAGUGCUUCGGAGUCAUAUUCGUUUGACACAGUGCUGUGAUUUUUUCAUUCACAAGUAAUUUCUUAUUUUUAAUAACAACAUGACCCAAAAAACCAUGACAAAGCGGCUUUCAAUAAGAGUUUUUCUUCAUAGAUGUCAAUGCCCACGCCUCAAAGGAGAGUGCCUUCGCGACACCGCUGAUCUGCGCAAGCAAGUUUGACUCACCAGAAGCGUGCCGUUUGCUCAUUAAACGAGGUGCACACGUCGAGAAGAAAAAUUGCAGUGGUCAGUCACCCCUCCACUAUGCUUCUCGGAAAGGCCAUGCUCGUGUUUUAGAGGUGAGUCAUAAGAGCGAAUUAUCUUUUUUUGCGGUGAAAGACUUAACUGAAAAAACUUACAAUACCCUCUCGCUGAUACAAAUAAACCGCUCAGUAAAUUUUUAAUUUCCAUAGCGAUAACUUAAUUAGUAUGAACGAAAUGCAAAAUAACCUCCUUUCAGUGGCCAUAACUGAUACCCAUUUACAUCCAUCCAUCCAUCCUACCAUCCACGCACCAUCUAUCCACGCAUCCAUCGAUCCAUCCAUCCAUCCAUCCAUCCAUCCAUCCACCCAUCCACCUAUUCACGUAAACAAAAAUUGUGCGAACAACUGAUAACUUAAAGCAUCACAUGAAUAUCGAUAUUUUAAGCAGUUGAUGACGCGAGUAGCUAUUAAAUAACUAUUUGUCGUUAGCACCUAUUUGUACUAGUGACUAUUAAAACCACGCUAUGUAAAAAUAUGGUUUCGCAGGCAGGGUUUUGAAGCUAACUCGGAUCAGUUCUCUAAUAUAACUCUUUUACAAACCAUUGGCCUACGUACAUUUAAUACCCUACACUUGCUUAUUUGACUUGUUAAGGUUCUUUUGAACGACGGAGGAUCACCGGUUAAUCUGGAAGAUAACGAUAAAGCUACUCCUCUCCAUGCUGCAGCACAGGCGGGUCAAACGCAAGUCAUCCAAAAGCUGGUUAGUCAUUCAAUGUUAAUUAAUUUUAAUUAAAAGACUUAUUAUCAUCGCAUGCAAAUUUUCUUUCUUUUCAUUGGCCGAGAGCCCACCGCUUGACCUGCAAGUAAUUGCCUACAAAUAAUGGUCUGCUCAUGCGCAAGGUCGUCUAAUUGGGUUUGGCUGAAAAUAAUAUUCUGCUCUAAAUGAAACCUCACUUUUCUCCUUUUUGCGAUCACUCUUGCGUGAAAAUGGCAGAUCGCUUCGCCUCUCGAAGAUGUUCAUUCUCGGUGAUCGAAUGAUAAGACAAUUAUGAGCAGUCAGGAUUAUUCAUGGAAACGAAAUGUUGUGCCUCGUAUAGUGGCACCUGGGUGGCACUAUGAGUCAAAUGAUGGAAAAGAGAAUUAACCGUGGCAAAAAAAAAAGCAGUGCUGCAAAAAUCCACUUGGGUUUUCACUCCGGAGUUAAUUCUCUGUUCCAUUAUUUGUGGAAAAAGGUUGCGCUUAUUCAUGAGACUGUCGAUAAUAAUUGUAAAACGUUCUAAUUAACUUUACAAAAAUGAUAAAAACAAGGAUUUAUUGUAAGUGGAGCUACAAGUUGGUUCCUCAUCAACCAUGUCCCUGAUCGAAUGCUUCAUUUCCCAUUUCUAACUUUUCCCCUUUUCAAAAAUGACUUGAGCAACCCUGAAAUGGUCUAAUGUUAUUCGGAAGUGUUGGUCUAAUCCUUAUGGAGGGAGUAAAUACUGGAGAAUGAGCCAACUCACCUCAGAUCGGAACCAAGAGUCACACCUGUGCCAUAUUUACGGAGAUAAAUUAAUUAAUCGACUGAACUAUCUCUGUGGCCCAUAUGGAUCGGCAGGGCUUUUGAAAAAGGAAUUGCCAAGGACAGUCGAUGUUUAGUUAUAAAAUUAAUGAAAGCUGAACAAAUAUUCAUUAUCCAUAGUGUGCUAUGUUUUUGUAGAUAUUGUAUGGAGCAGACAUGUCUCUUCGAGAUAACGAUGGCUACACACCCUUUCAUCUUGCGGCAAGAGAGGGUCAUGUUGAAGCUUUCAAAGAAAUGCUUAGAAAAGGUCAGAUUAUAUUCGAUCACAUUUUGGAAUUCUUCACAAUCAAAGCUACAUAAAGCAAAUGUCACUUCAUUUGCAUAGGCUCGUAUACUUUUCUAAAACCUCUUUUUUCAAAGCCCAGAAUUAGUUAAAUUAUAGUGGUUUAACCCGUGAGAACCUAAGAAUUUUCCUUCAAAUGUAUAAAAACCACGGCAAGCCACGAACAUUUUAUUGUAGUUAUGAUUAGGAAUCUCUAUCAUACAUAAUUGUCAACCAUUUACGUCUGUAUUAAUUAAUCAGUCUUCGGCUAUUAGAUUUGAAUUCCACCGACGGUCUCUACUUAGCCUAGCUUAGCCUGCAUAACAAGCAGGUUUCCAGUCGAGUUAUUUCCCGGAAGUUGGAGCGAGAGUCUCAACUUUCUUGACUAACUCGAGCGGAAAUGCUUGCUACGUAGCCUAGUCUCUACUUGCUCAGUCCCUUAACUGCUGUACAGAGUGGACAGAAGUCUAUAAAUGAAAAAUAUUUAUCUCCGAUAUUUCUUUACCUACAGCCAAAUAUGGUGGAUUAUCAAUCCGCACCUUGUUAAACAGCCCUGAUAACUAUGGGAACGUAUGCCUACAUCUGGCCAUUAAACAUAAAGAGGCAAGUGAUAGAUAGCGAUUGCCAUUUACUUUUGGUUUUAGUGUGUUCAGCUGUCAAUCAAUUAAUACCUUUAUUAAACUGUCAGCUGUGAUAGUAGUUCAUAUCGUCUACGUGGAAACACUAAAAAGGGUGAGUAAAUAUAUAUACAGCAUUGAAGUAAGGAUCUUGAACCCAGUUUCUAUAAAGCACAGUUCUGUUUUGUUUGCUGAUUUCUUCCUGUUUGAAUUUAACGGUGCUACACGAGAGAACCUUUCCUCUUAAGGAAGAAUACCGCCACACCACAUCAACAUCUCUCUUUGUUGUAUUUUUUAGAUCAUGCAACUGUGCCUGGAGGCCGGAGCUGAUAUAAGUACUACACAGGUAGGAAAGUCACAAAUAAAUUAUUAUUAGUAGUAUUAUUUGAGAUGAUCCAGAGACGUGUUUGAAUAAAUAAAUUGGGUGAAUGAAUGAAUGAAUGAAUGAAUGAAUGGACGGACGGACGGAAGAAUGAAUGAGAAGAUGGGGCUCUUUGAGGGAGGGUCCAAAAUGAUCUACCGCAAGCAUUUGUAUAAAAAGUUCCUACAAUCUUUAGAGUGUUCAGAUUUUUUCUGACGAAUUUCUCAGGAGGACCUUUCGACUCCAUUACAUCUUGCCUGUAGUCAGGGUAACUUGGAGAUAACCAAGCUGUUGGUAAACCACGGAGCAAAGAUUGAAAGAGAAGAUGGCGAUGGAUUAACUCCGUUACUCAGGUAACUUUCAUUCAAAACCUUUUUAAACGACUUUUAAAUGCAGAUGACUGACAAAUAAAGAUCAACAAUGGAGGCCAAAGGAACUUGGAACUAUGUGCAAAAACUCUUCCAAGUAACUGUUAUGGAGGACUCUGCUCCUAAUGACAAUUCUUGGAUCGGCUUUGGUUUCAUCUUUUCGUCCCCACUCCCCCUAGCAAUGUUGCGACCAAAAAAAGAUUCAAUUCCACCCUUUCUGCUCAAAAUUCAACUUUGUUUGAGAGUGAGGGGAGGAGUCGCUAGUUUUACUAAUAUCACUGGAAAGGUUCCAACACUUGUGACCUUCAUUGGAUCUUUGAAUUUUUCAGUGUAUAGGCAAAUUUUGGCUCUCACGAUAUAGCUCCACUCCACUGUGGUCGAUUGGCAAAAACCUGAUCAAAUGCGGGCUUGAACUUUUUGUCACUACCUUGAAAUAAAAGAUGAUAAGCGGCCACGUUUGACCUGUUUUUAUUACCGUUUACGCCACGGAAAAUUAAGGGAAAACUCCUUGCUGGAAGAAUAUUUUAAAAGAGGAAAUAAAACUUUUUAAAAUGGCAACGGUUUUCUCCAACUGAAUUUCUUGGCGUAUUCCUCUUUUUUAUCUUUUUUGUGUUAUAAAGGUAUAUUCCUAGUGUGUGUGUUGUUGGUCAGUCUCUUAGCAUCUCCAAGGAAAAAAAAUUGGAUGGACAAUUUUUUAUGCGCUAAAUUUUCUCAUUUCAGAGCUUCACUUGGAGGACAUGUACCAGUCAUUAGCUACCUUCUUGACCAGGUAAAAAUAUCCCGAUAAAUACUAUAUCGAAGUCUUUGAUUUCUCCAUUGAUAACAGCCAACAAUGAUUCUUCUGUUAGGGAGCACGACUGUACCCUACGACAAACACCUGCACCCCCUCCCCUCUGAUGUGUGCAGUCAAGCGGAGCCAGCAUGACGCGGUCAAAUUUUUCCUGGCCUGCGGUUUUCCAAUGAAUCUUACAGAUAUGAACUGGCGGACAGUUCUUCAUGUAGCUGUGGCAUGUGCUGAUAUUGAAACUGUGGACUUGAUUCUGGCGGUAUGAAAACUAUAAUGUUUAUGGAUAUACAUUAAAGGGUGCCUAGCGUAAAAACAUUUUCUAUUUUUGAGAAAGGUGAGACUGUAAAACACCAAAGUUAAAAGUCAUAAACAGGAAAAUGGAAAAAGAUGGAUUUAUAAAAGGAUUUUUCAAUAGCGAGCUUCCAAUUAAAGCCUCUCUUUCGGCUUCCACUGAAUAUAGAUCAUACGGGCGUCUUUUUUAUCCUCGGAGAACUUGGGACAGUCAGUAUUGAUGGCAAGAUUUUUAUUAUAUUUCUUUGAAAUCCUCUGCACAAAAACGACGGGAAAUUUCCUUAAGCCUUAUUUUUAGAGAGGACAUGAGUACUUAACAAAAUUUUACGACAAACAUUCACCCUUUAAGAUCCCUUCCCUUCGACUGUUCAUGGAGCUUGGUGGUUAGCCUUUUGUUGAUCUGAAUUAAAUGGCAGCUGUCAACUAUCAAUGAGGGACAAAAGUGUUGAGACACCUCCAUAAAUGACCCUUUUUUCGCGCAUAGUGGAUGUAUGUAUCUAUUCCCUUCGCCUGUGUACUCCCACCCCUUUCUCCCAAAAAACUACGUUGUACUUUAAACCGUCAAGUCUGUCUUCAAUUACAAACAACGUUGAUUCGUGGGUGGGGGAUUUACGGCGUUAAAACAGAAUUAAUUGACAAAUGAAUGAAAUUGUUGAUAAAGCGGGUUUUAGAUACGUGUGUCAACUACGUUUGUCCAUUGUUUGUUUGGUUUCAGAGCGGAGGAGAUAAUCUUUUGGAGAAAAAAGACCAGUAUGGUAAAACAGUGGUACAUUACGCUGCUGCCAGAUGUAACGUGGAUGUACGUAUAUUAGUGAGCUUAGGCAAAGACGUUGUUAAUCGACGCACGUCAAAUGCUUUCGUCAAAUUUUGAGCAAAUCGUCUCUAUGAGAGUAACGAGAUCUAGCAAUACAAAUCUGGUAGAGUUAAGCGAUUUCCAAUGACUUAAAACUUGGCACCUAGGCAACCAACCAAACUGCUUUGUAAUCAAUUAUUUAGUUACCCAACAAUUGCUGCGCCUUGAUAAACGUCAUUCAGCCAUUCAAAACUGCUAUGAUAUAAUCGAUCCACAAAUAAUGGGCGUGUGUCAAAACUGCCAUACCAACGUUGACUGCCAAAAAAUAGAAACGGAAAGGAAAAAAUCUGCUAAAUUCAAUACCUUGUAAUCUUAACAUACAACGUAAAACAUGCUAUCUUAAUGAAUUUUUUCUUGUCCAAAUGAGAUCUCACAGCUUUGUUUUCAUGACUCUGUCAUCUUAUUGACUUUGCAAAUUAAUGAGAUUUCUUCAUUCGCAGAAAAGGUUAAAAUGUUCCCCGUAUAUACUGCUAAUAUUAACACAGUGGGAACAGGGGACUGCAUCCUACAAGAGUCUUGUUUCCCAUUUAUGUCCUGAGACCUAAAACGAGUUCUUAUGUGGAUCAUUAAGUUGAUUUCACUUGCUGCUUAAAUCGUGGUCUUCUCCUUGAAAAUUUUUUUCCUUAAGUCAUCAUAAUGCUGUUUUUUUGUCUCCAAUGAAGCCAACGCUUCAAUGAUUUUUUCAAUUGAGUCUGAGCAUUUAUGAUUUCCAUUGAAACUACCAACAGGUGAUAUGACCUUGUUCUAGAUUUGUUUACCACUUAUUUUGCCUCAAAACACAACGCCUCUGGAAAUACGACAAAGGGAACAAGAAUCAUAAGACGGGAAAAUCUUAGAUCUGCUUAAUAUCAUGUCGUUUUACUAAUUUUACAGAUCAUAAACCGCCUCAUACUCGUUGGAGCAGAUGUCAGAGCAAAGGACAACGAUGAAAGAAUUCCACUUCAUUUGGCUGCAGAGUUUGUAACAAUUCAAUUUCUUAAUACACUAUUGUUAUUAAAAAAAUGAGGUAACUCUUUACACAUGUAACUUUUAUUUUAUCAGGAGCGGAGUCGUUUGUGUGGUGAGAGCUCUCGUCAGCGUAUGCCCAGAAUCUGUUAAUGACAUCGACUACGGUUCCCGUACGCCUUUACAUUAUGCCGCUAGGAAGGGUCGUGUAGCGGUGGCCACACACUUACUAGAGAGUGGUGCAGCAGCCGAUUACAGGUAUAAAUUUAUCACGGAAACUUUUGGGUACUUACUAUUCAAACAAGGAAGCCGGGAAGAUCUAUUGCAAAUACCGUAUUUAUUCGAAUAAGCGCCCAACCUCGAAUUAGCGCCCACCUCGAAUAAGCGCCCAUCCUGAAGACAGAAAAAUUUAAUAAGCGCCCAGCCUCAAAUAAGCGCCCACCCCACCUGGCCUCCCUCCCCCUCAAACUCUAACUCAAAUAAGCACCCACCCCACCCCACCCCCUUUCUGGUCCCUCCAACCCAAAAAACACUAAAUAAGUACUAAUAAGAGACUUGCCAGAAGAGGGAGUUUUCUUCAAGGUAUUUUACAGAAACCUUGCUUUGUUACAUCUUCGCGUUUUAUUAUUACCAUUUAUUGUAUUGUUGCAAAAUAAACAUACUACACUUGCUGGAAAUGGUGAAAAUUUAAUAAGCGCCCAGCCUCGAAUAAGCGCCCAGCUCGGAUAAGCGCCCACUCCCAAGGUCCAAAAAUUUAAUAAGCGCCCAGGGCGGUUAGGAAUGGUUGUCCCCAUUCUGCAGGAAAAACUUCAAGAAGGAUGGUCUGUCGGGUAGCAAUUUUGAUUUUCACCUUCAUCUGUGCAAGUACAAUGGAACUUCGCAUGUUAUCUAGAACAACUCCAGCUACCUUAGGUGUCCCGCUACAGGUCAUUUUGAGUUUAAGACUGGGCCCAACUGCACCGUAGGAUUAUCUUAGGGGUCGGACUUUCCCCCUGUUUCCUGCGCAACUUAGUAAUAACCAAUAAAAAAAAAACGUAAUAGCGCUAUCAAAACAUUCCCAUAGUCAGUCUUGUGCUCAGCUUUAAAAUGGCCAUAAUUAAUCCCAUUUUCCUUGGUUUCCCUUUUUUUAGUCACCUGGCUAAUUUGCACCCGUUCAUCCCGUAUUUUUGUUACGGUUGUUGAAACAAGAAGCGGAGAUUGGGAUAAACAUAUAUAAGAGUUUGUUAGAUUAGAGGGCCUGAGAGAAGGCGCAACGUAUCAUUCAUUAUUAUGAUAUCUACUAGAGGUAUCCUGUUAUGGAUGACCGACAUUUGUUUUCUUUUGUAGAGAUGACGAUCGUCAUACACCGCUUUUUCAUGCCGCGUUGGUUGGGUGCCCUGCUACAGUUGAAACCCUUCUUCACUAUGGAGCGGAUAUCAACUGCCUGGAAAAAAGUAGAGUGCGUAGGAACCUGUGUACUUAA